AUGCUAAGGUCGUUCUCGAAAUUGUUCACGUCUGCUGAGUAUGCCGUUCGUGCAGGCAUUGCUCUGAGCGGCGCAUCUUACGCUGUGCACCAGUACGAGACAACUCGUGGCGUUGAUCUUGUGUAUGGGCGUACUGGUGAUGCAGUUUCCGGAUCGGGCGCAUGCGUGGCAAGAGUGCAACAAGCGAAUGGGGAUUGCAUUUACGCUGCAGUUUCGUAUGACUUUCCGUCACUCUCCGCCAACGCAGUGCCAGAACUCGUGGAAUUGGCUCAUUUGCAUUUGAACGCCACAAACGCUACCGUGUCUGCUUCUGCAGACAUUGGCAGUGCAUGA